AACAAAAAAAGGCCCGGCUGGGUAUUGACCGGGCCAGGCCCAAAAGGCACUUCGAACAAAAUAAAAGCAAGAAGGUCUUCUUUAUUUAUCUUUCUAUUUGGAUCUUUCGAGCAUCUAAAUGGAAUUGCUAAUUAUAUAAUAACGAUAAAGAAUGUGAAAGAAAUACUUUCGUUAAUCCUUACUUGAUGUGUAAUGUAACAUAGUAAUUAUCUUUUUCAAUUGGGAGAGAUGGCUGAGUGGACGAAAGCGACGGAUUGCUAAUCCGUUGUACGAGUUAUUCGUACCGAGGGUUCGAAUCCCUCUCUUUCCGUUUCCGUUGAUGACUUUCUAUUUUUUUUCUUUCAAAUUUCGCAAACCCCUUUUAAAUUAAAUGAUUUUUUUACUAGUUAAACGUAUGGAAUAUGAAUAUAUAAAAUAAAAUCUUAAGAAAAUUGUAAAUCAAGCAAGAAAAACGAAAUUUUUAUUUUAUUCUUCACGUCCAGGAUUACGUCCUGGAUCAUUGGAUAGGAAUCCAAAGAUGAAGAGAGAAACAAAGAAUAUUACUACUGUGUAAACGAAAAGUUUGAGAGUAAGCAUUACACAACCUCCAAGAUCAUUUUUUGAAAAAGAAAAACGAGAAAAGAUAAUAGAUCCUCCAUUUUUAUAUCACAUAUCCUAUUUUGACACCAAGAAAUGAAUUCUAGAAAUAGAAAAGAAUGUUCAGAAAUUCAACUGAAGUUUAAAUUUGUAAUAAGAGUCUUUGAUUAUCACAAAUCACUUUCAUACCCACAAUUAGAUAUUCUAAGGGACCCUAACCUAAUAAGGUCUUUCGCCGGAAAAAGGAUUAGAAUCGGGAAAUGGGGCGAGCCAAAUUUAUUGCGGCUAGCCAAGAAUUUCAAUGUUUGAAUUGAAGGUUCAUACUCCCAGACUUAUUUGAUCUUAUCAAUUGUUAUAAUUUUUCUCGAAUAAAUCAUGAAUUUUCUAGGAUAGUAUUCAAGAUCUUAUCGAAAACUUACAGCAGCUUGCCAAACAAAGGCUAAAAGAAAAAAGAACAGGGGUAUGACUGGCAUAACAUCUACGAUUGGAUUCAAAAAAGCAUAGGCUUCGGGCAAUUUGGCGAAGAAAAGACUACUCGGAUAAAGGGCAGAAUUAAGACAGAUCAAACUAAAGAUAUUAAGCAUAACAGACAUUUUGUUCGUCGAGAUAAUUGCAUUUUGAUUGAGUUAUUUAUAUAAGGAAAAAUGAAGAAAGUAAGGUAGACAAAAAACUCCUUCUUUUUCCGCUCAAUCAAAAAUCCUCCAAUUCUCAAAGGAGAAUAGAAGAAAUCAUACUUUCAUACAAUAUCUUAAUUGAAUUGUAUGUAAUGAUCAAUAAAUUCAGUUGAAUUCUAGAUAUACACAUGUCAAAAUCCUAGCACGAAUCUAUAAUAUAUUCUAUAAAGAAGAAUAAAGAAGAAAGAUUUUCUAUAGAUAGUUGGGCUGGAAUUGACGAACACUUAAUACCAAUAUUAUUCUUUAUUAGUAUUAGUGUCCAAUAACAAUAUAAAUGGGGCGUAGCCAAGUGGUAAGGCAACGGGUUUUGGUCCCGCUAUUCGGAGGUUCGAAUCCUUCCGUCCCAGAGCAUAUCCAUUGUAUCCGAAUACAUCUUUUUUGUUCAACAAGGUUCUGUUUCAAGGUCUAAUAUUGGAUAGAAUCUUAUUCUUCUUUCUUUUUUGAUUUUUAAUGAUUCUUUUCGGAAUCAUAUCUCAGUUUUUCACAAAAUGAACUAAAUCGAGUUCAAAUGACAUGCAAAUGUAACUGACUCCUUUUGUGAUCCAGAUAAAGAUAAGAUGGGGCAUAGAUCACAGUUGCAGAAAGAUUACUUAACCUCAGGUUAAACAAAAUAUGAAAAUACAUAUAAAACGAGGAAGUGCUUAGCCUAUGGGUAUGUAUUGUUAUCCUAUUUCAGUGACAAUAGUCUUUCUAUUUUUGUGAAAAAUAAUUUGCAUCCCUAAAAUAUUCAAAUUUAAAUAUUUAACAAUGAUAUUUCUUUUUAUUGUUCGAUCUUUUUAGCUUAUUUGCUUUAAAUCAUUGACAAUUCUAUUCGAAAAGAAACAGAAAUUCUUAUUUCUUAUGAUAAUCAAAUGUAGGCUUUACUGUAAAAGUAAAACUUGACUCAAAUAAUGAUGUCGAAGUAGGAAACUUUUUCAAUUAUCAAGAUUUGUAAUGAUUCCUUAUGGGUUGAAUCUUUGAGAAGUUGGAAAUGGGUCAGUCUAUCUUAUUGAUUGAGUCACUUGAACAGGCAGAGUCAAAUAGAAUUUAUUUAUUCGUGUUAUUUCUGUUAGUUAUGUUAUUUCUAUAUUUAGAUUUCCGGAUAUUUCUGUUAGAUAUUUUUUUGAGAUAUAGAUUUAUAGAAAAAAUUUCCGUUCAUACAAAAAAGCCCGGGUCUUGCUAAGAUUUCUUAAUAAAAAAUAUUUAUUAUCUAUGUAGCUAGGAAAAAAAAUAUAAAUGACUAUGUCUCUGUACCGACUGAACCAAUGACUAUUCAUGAUUCCAUAAUUGAAUCAAUUCCAUACUGGUUCCAAAUUAGAGGAAUGUUAUGGUAAAACUUCGUUUAAAACGAUGUGGUAGAAAGCAACGUGCGACUUGAAGGACACGAUCCGGUGUGGAUUUUUAUUCUUACAUCCACCAUUUUCUUUUAUAUAGGAAUGAAGGUGCUCUUGGCUCGACGUCGUUUGUUCUAUUCUACUAGAACCCUUCUUUUUUAUUGGGUUGUAAUGUAAAUAGUUCAUGAUGGAGCUCGAGUAGAAAGUAUGGAUUAAUUUCUCAGGGGCAACGAUCUAGGGUUAAUGCCAAUCAAUAAAUUGGAACAACUUCGUAAGUAUAUCUUCGAUAUCGAUAUAGAAAUUGAAAGGAUCCGAUUCGAGCAAAUUUUCAAUUCAAAAAAAUUGUUGGAACCGCAAAACGUUUUCGAUCCACAGUGUAUCGCGCACGAAUCAACCGUCGGUAUGAUUCUAGAAAGAAAUCACAAAAGGGGUAUGUUGCUACCAUUUUGAAAGGAUUCAGAAGCACCGAAGUAAUGUCUAAACCCAAUGAUUUAAAACAAAGAUAAAGGAUCCCAGAACAAGGAAACACCACUUCAAUUGUCUCACAGAUCCGAAUAAAGAAUCCAAAUAGAUUUUCAACGAGACAAAAGGGGGGGUUAAAGACCACUCAAUAAAAAAAUAUCUUAAUUUUAUUUAAUAUAUUUGAUAAUUAUUGAACUUGAGUUAUGAGUACAAAUGAUUUUUUAGUUUUCAGUAAGUAAGUUAAAUAAAAAUGACUAUAAGUUAAAUUAUAGGCUAAUUUAUUUUACGGAUUCCUUUACUAUUUAUUAUAAUUUUAUCCAUAGACAAAACUUCAAAUCAUUUUUUCUCGAGCCGUACGAGGAGAAAACUUCCUAUACGGUUCUAGGGGGGGGUUCUUUUUCAUCUACAUCUAUCCCGAUGAGCCGUCUAUCGAAUCGUUGCAAUUGAUGUUCGAUCCCGAAGAGAAGGAAGAGAUCUUCGGAAAGUGGGUUUUUAUGAUCCGAUCAAGAAUCAAACUUAUUUAAACGUUCCCGCUAUUCUCUAUUUCCUUGAAAAAGGCGCUCAGCCUACAGGAACUGUUCAGGAUAUUUUAAAAAAGGCAGAGGUUUUUAAGGAACUUUGCCCUAAUCAAACGAAAUUCAAUUAAAUUAAGGAAUUAAAUUAAGGAAAUAAAAACUAAGGGUAGGAUAGUGAUUUCUAUAUAAUUUUGGAUAUCUUUUCUAUACUAUGUUUUUUUUAUUUCCUUCUUUUCUUGCUCUAUUAGUAUCUAUUUAUCAUUUCUUUUAUAGAAUCUUUUUCUAACGAAAACCUUAUUUGAUUGAUCCUCACAAAAUCAAAAAUUCUUGCCUACAAUCGGGUGGUUUUCAUUCGAAUUCUAAAUUCUAAUACCAAGUAAGACACAAGGAAUCGAAGUUCUUUAUUCGACUUAUAUUAAUUCAAUAUACUAUUGAUUGCAUAAAUCCUUUUUCUACUUCUUCUUUAUUUAGAAACUAAAAAUUUUAGUAUAUAUGCAGUGCCAAUCCAACACAAGUCCUUUUUUUUACUAUUAUUUCAAUUUAAGUUCUUGUAUUUUUUCCAUCGUAUUCUUUUCUUACCCUUUAUAUUGACAACAUUGUAUCGAACAAAUAUAAUUCAUCGUGAUAAGCAGCUCUAUUUAUUUCCGUCCCAUUUGAUUUUUUACCUUAGUUGAUUCAAAUUAUGGGUUCGUUGGAUUAGCUUUGAUACCCGCAUUUUUGAUUGAAAAAGGUGGAUAACAUAGAAAUAGGGGAUGGUCUAGCAUUUUUUCGAUUUCUUUAUUUCUUUUUUUAUCGGAAAAUUUUUUAUUUUUUCAUCUGAUUUAGUCAUUUUUAUGUUCCAAAUAGAUUCUAAUUUUUUUAUAUAUUUUUUGAUUUCGUACUUUAAUGCUUUUAUUUCAUCAUUUUGUUUUAUUCUGAUUGUAUCUACAUACCCGUUUUCUAUUUGGGUUGCUAACUCAACGGUAGAGUACUCGGCUUUUAAGUGCGGCUAGGAUCUUUUACACAUUAGAUGAAGCGAGGGAUUCAUCCAUACCAUCGGUAAAGUUUGGAAGACCACGACUGAUCCUGAAAGGGAAUGAAUGGAAAAAAUAGCAUGUCGUAUCAAUUAAGAGUUCUGAGAAUAAUUUAUUCCGGCUCGGUACAAAACCUUCUUUAAAUUAGUGAAAGGGAGCAAACCGAAGUCAAUUUCAAGUUGGGUCGAAUUAAUAAAUGGAUAGGGCCCCGCGGCUUCAAUUAAUUUCAUUUUGAUUAUAGGGAAAGAAAAAGCAACGAGCUUCCGUUCUUAAUUUGAAUGAUUACCCGAUCUAAUUAGACGUUAAAAAAAUAUUAGUGCCCAAUACGGGAAGGCUUUCUCCCAGGAAUGUAUUCUUGAUUUUUUAAUGAAUCCUAAAUAUUACCAUUCUCCAUUCCAUAAUGGAGAUGUGUGUGUAUAAGAAACAGUAUAUUGAUAAAAAAUUUCCAAAAUCAAAAGAGCGAUUGGGUUGAAAAAAAAGUAAAGGAUUUCUAAUCAUCUUGUUAUCCUAUAAUGAAAACGAACAUAAAUAUUGAAAUUGAAAUGGAAAAAGAGAGGCUAGAGAAUCUGUUGAUAAGUUUAUCUGUAUCCGAGGUAUCUAUUCGGUUUGUACUAUAAUACCUUGUUUUGACUGUAUCGCACUAUGUAUCAUUUGAUAACCCCCAAAAUCCUCUACCUUUCAUUUAAAUAGAAUUUCAAAUGGAGAAAUUCCAAAGCUAUUUAGGGCUAGAUAGAUCUCAACAACACCACUUCUUAUAUCCACUUAUCUUUCAGGAGUAUAUUUAUGUACUUACUCAUGAUCAUGGUUUAACUAGAUCGAUUUUGUUGGAAAAUGCAGGUUAUGACAAUAAAUCCAGCUUACUAAUUGUGAAACGUUUAAUCAAUCGAAUGUAUCAACAGAAUCAUUUGAUUCUUUCGGUUAAUAAUUCUAAACAGACUCCAUUUUUGGGGCACAACAAGAAUUUUUAUUCGCAAGUAAUGUCCGAGGUCUCUUCAAUCAUUAUGGAAAUUCCAUUGUCUCUGCGAUUAAUAUCUUACCUAGAAAGGAAAGGGGUAGUCAAAUCCGAUAAUUUACGAUCAAUUCAUUCAAUAUUUUCUUUUUUAGAGGACAACUUUUCACAUUUAAAUUAUGUAUUAGAUAUACUAAUACCUUACCCAGCCCAUCUGGAAAUCUUGGUUCAGGCUCUUCGCUAUUGGAUAAAAGAUGCUUCCUCUUUGCAUUUAUUAAGAUUCUUUCUCCAUGAGUGUCAUAAUUGGGAUAGUCUGAUUACUUCAAAUUCAAAGAAAGCCAGUUCUUCUUUUUCAAAAAGAAAUCACAGACUAUUCUUCUUCCUAUAUACUUCUCAUUUAUGUGAAUAUGAAUCCGGCUUCCUCUUUCUCCGUAACCAAUCUUCUCACUUACGAUCAACAUCUUCUGGAGCCCUUAUUGAACGAAUAUAUUUCUAUGGAAAAAUAGAUCAUCUUGCAGAAGUCUUUGCCAGGGCUUUUCAAGCGAAUUUAUGGUUGUUCAAAGAUCCUUUCAUGCAUUAUGUUAGGUAUCAAGGAAAAUCCAUUCUUGGUUCAAAAGGGACGUUUCUUUUGAUGAAUAAAUGGAAAUAUUACUUUGUCAAUUUCUGGAAAUCUUAUUUUUACCUGUGGUCUCAACCAGGAAGGAUUUAUAUAAACCAAUUAUCCAAUCAUUCCCUUGACUUUCUGGGUUAUCGUUCAAGUGUGCGGCUAAAGCCUUCAAUGGUACGCAGUCAAAUGCUAGAAAAUGCAUUUAUAAUUGAAAAUGCUAUUAAGAAGUUUGAGACUAUUGUUCCAAUUAUGCCUUUGAUUGGAUCAUUGGCUAAAUCUAAAUUUUGUAAUGCAUUGGGGCAUCCUAUUGGUAAGGCGAUUUGGGCCGAUUUCUCAGAUUCUGAUAUUAUUGACCGCUUUGGGCGUAUAUACAGAAAUCUUUCUCAUUAUCAUAGUGGAUCUUCAAAAAAAAAGAGUUUGUAUCGAGUAAAGUAUAUACUUCGACUUUCUUGUGCUAGAACUUUAGCUCGUAAGCAUAAAAGCACUGUACGUGCUUUUUUGAAAAGAUUCGGCUCGGAAUUAUUAGAAGAAUUCUUUACGGAAGAAGAACAAGUUUUUUCCCUGACCUUUCCAAGGGUUUCUUCCAUUUCGCGAACGUUAUCUAGAAGGCGGAUUUGGUAUUUGGAUAUUAUUUGUAUCAAUGAUUUGGCCAAUCAUGAAUGAUUCGUUAUGAAACCUUGUAAAUAUAAAUUUCAUCACUAAAUAAUCUAAUAAAUAAUGUAAAUAAUGAAGAGCUAACAAAAAAUUAUUUCUUUCUAUUCUGAAAUGUUGAUGUAGUAUGUAGUAAGGAUGAAAUCAACUGAGUAUUCAAUCUUUUCUUGUCUAAUGAAGGAACUGAGUUUUAGAUGUAUACAGAGGGAAAGCCGUGUGCAAUGAAAAAUGCAAGCACGGCUUGGGGAGGGAUUUUUACUUAUUUAACUUUAACAAGGAAAUUAUCUACUCCA